AUGACAAAAAGUAAAAGUACUUCUUGUGCUCCUAUUGAUACAACAGACAGACUGGCAAAACUUCGAGCAUUAUUUAAAGAAGAAAAAUAUAACUUGGCAGCUUAUGUCAUCCCUUCUGAAGAUGCUCACCAGAGUGAAUACACAGCUUCACGUGAUGCUCGAAGAGCUUUUAUUUCUGGUUUCACAGGUUCUGCAGGGCUGGCUGUCGUCACAACAGAUAGUGCUGCAAUGUUCACUGAUGGACGAUAUUUUUUACAAGCAGGCCAACAGAUGGAUUCAAAUUGGACUUUAAUGAAACAAGGUUUACCUGAUGUUCCUACAUGGCAAGAAUAUUUAACACAGAAUAUUCCUAAAGGUUCCAGAAUUGGGAUUGAUCCACAACUUAUUUCCACAUCUGAUGCAAAAAGUUUAAAUGAAUCAUUGGGAAGAAUCGGAUCAAAAAUGGCAUAUAUUGAUGAUAAUUUGGUAGACUUGGUAUGGGGUGAUGAUAGACCACCAUUUCCUAAAAAUCCUAUAACUGUUUUACCAUUAAAAUAUGCUGGUUGUUCACGCAAUGAAAAAAUUGAAAACCUUCGAGAAGAACUUUCAAAGGGGAAUUAUCAUGGAUUUGUUAUCUCAGCACUCGACGAAAUUGCUUGGUUAUUUAAUCUUCGUGGAUCAGAUGUUCUUUAUAACCCAAUAUUUUUUGCAUAUUCGCUUGUUACAAAAAAUGAUAUUAUAUUAUAUAUUGAGGAUUAUAAAUUAACACAAGAAGUAAAAGAAGAACUUUCGAAAUCUGGCAUAAAAUUUAAACCUUAUAAUGCAAUUUUUGAAGGUUUAAAAAGUUUACAAGUUAAUUUGAAGAAUGAUAAUCAGAAAUUGUUAAUCAGUAAUAGAGCGAGUUAUGCUUUAACAAUCGCAAUUGGCGAAGAAAAUGUCGAGGAAGCUCGUUCUCCAGUAACAGAUGCUAAAGCAAUUAAAAAUGAGGUUGAGUUAGAAGGAAUGAGAAAAUGUCAUUUACGUGACGCUGCUGCAUUGAUUAAUUAUUUUGCAUGGUUAGAAGAACAAUUAAAUGCUGGAGCAGUAUUGAAUGAAAUCGAUGGAGCAGAUCAAGAUUUUGUUGGACUUUCAUUUGAUACUAUUUCAUCAUCUGGACCAAAUGGUGCGAUUAUACAUUAUAAACCAGAACCAGAAACAUGCGCUAUAAUUGAUCCAAAACUUUUAUACCUUUGUGAUUCUGGUGGACAAUACAAAAAUGGUACUACUGAUGUGACACGUACUAUACAUUUUGGUAAACCUACUGAGCAAGAAAAACGAGCUUUUACGCGUGUUCUUCAAGGUCAUAUUGCUAUAGACCAAGCUGUUUUUCCAAAAGGAACAACAGGAUAUCUAUUGGAUGUUCUUGCUAGAACGUCUCUUUGGAAAGAUGGUUUGGAUUAUCGGCAUGGUACUGGUCAUGGCGUUGGAUGUUAUUUAAAUGUACAUGAAGGUCCUCAUGGUAUAGGAACCAGAAUAGCAUUCAAUGAUGCACCACUUCAAGUUGGUAUGACUGUAACAGACGAGCCAGGUUAUUAUGAGGAUGGUAAAUUUGGUAUUCGUAUUGAAAAUGUUUUAUUAGUUCGUCAAGCAGAAACUCCAAAUAAUUUUGGUGAUCGUGGCUAUUUUGGUUUUGAACAUAUUACACUUGUUCCAAUUCAAACAAAACUAAUUGACACUACUCUGUUAAGUCCUUCUGAACACAAAUGGAUUAAUGAUUAUCAUAAUGAUUGUCUGGAAAAAGUGAAACCUUUUUUGGAACCUGGUAGUUUAGGAUUGAAAUGGUUGGAAAGAGAAUGUGCUGCUAUCUGA